GCCCAGCCUUGCUCACACCCCCUCGAAGAGAGAAACCACACACUCCGAUUCCCCAGCUCUCCCUCCCACGCCGUCGCCGCCUAAACCUUCCCCACCGCCCCACGCGCCUCUCUUCUCGCCGCCGGUCGCCGGCGGUAGCGGGGGGCUCGUGCCUCUUGCGUUUUGAAGGUCUCUUAGUAUCGACUUGAAGAGUAUAGAAGCAGGGAGGUGGGUAUGGCGGAGGAGGUGCAUCUAGGUCUGCCAGGUCCCUGGGCGGCGGACUACCGGGAGAAGGCCGACCACUACACCACUAAGAUCGGUGGAGUCCCCGAUUGGCCAACUGGUGAUAUGGGCAUUAAGCCUGAAAUGCUUCAGUGCAGCUUAUGUGGAGCCAAGCUUUGUCUCGUUGCUCAGGUAUAUGCACCUGUGGUGAAGCUAAACAUCGAGGAGAGGACAAUCUAUGUGCUUGUUUGCCCGACACCGAAAUGUGGGCCUAAACCUCAGAGUUGGAAGGUCCUAAGGGUCCAAAAAUGCCGUAAUGUUGAGAAAACAGAAGGUGGCAGUGAUGAAUUAGGUCAAGCGACUGGACCUUCUUCUACAAGUGUCCCAGAAGAACAGAUUGAUAAAAAUAAGAGUCCUGAUAUCAACGAUGAUGAUUUCGAUCUUGAUGCCUUAGCUGAAGCACUUGAGCAAGCUGCGACAUUGGCAUCUAACUCGAAGAAGAAAAAUAAAUCAAAGCAUGCUAAUGCCCCUAUAAAACGUCCUGUAUUAAAGGAGAAAACAGAUGAUCUGAGCAUACCAGUUCUUCCUUGUUUUUACAUAUAUUAUGAUAAGGAACAAUUCGGGGGAAAAGGUACUAUGGGUUCAAGUAGCAAUGAGUUGGUUUUGGACAAAGAAAUAACAGAUACAACAAAUGAUGAAGAAGAAAAAUGGGAAGGAGAAAAGUAUGAGUAUGAUAAAGCUAUUGGUGCCGACAGAACUUUCUUAAAAUUCAAGAAGCGGUUGGAUGCAUAUCCUGAGCAAUGCUUUAGGUAUUCUUAUGGUGGCAAGCCACUGUUGGCUGCAAUAAAGUUACAAGAUGCUGGCACUUGUAGGCUGUGUGGCUCACCACGCCAGUAUGAAUUGCAAUUGAUGUCUCCAUUAUCAUAUUUUCUCCAUGAAGCUAAUGAUGGUUCCUCAAAUUAUGCACCCAGCAGCUGGACUUGGCUGACUCUUAUCGUAUACACUUGCUCAAAGAGCUGCUGCCCGUCGUCAUGUGGUGGAAAGCCUUGCAGCUGCUGCUGGGGUGUAGCUGAGGAGGAGAUAAUGAUUCAGGAGGAUGAAGCCGUCUAGCACCUAAUCUGUUGAUUCCUGGUAACUGUUGAGGGAGGACAUGAUCCAGGGGGAUGAAGUCCUAUCUGAUCUAAUUUGCUGAGAAACACCGAUCCUGGUUUGAGUGUGUGAUAUACGGCUCCUGUUGCCGUUUCCCAUUGUUAGAGUUGUACUUUGUAAAGCUAUCUGCAAUUUUGUACUAUUUUUGUGUGGCUCCUUUUGUUGCACUAUAUAGUAUCCUGCAAACUGUCAAAAACAAACUACGAUCGCCUUGCAUGGACGCAAGGCAUGUCAUGAACAUUUCUGCCUGGAGUCUGAACAAUCCCUGGCUAACACGAGCUGGUUGACUGCAAGUCCUAGCAUUAUCCUGUCAGGCUGAAGCUUUUGAUCUGCGUGGCAGCAUUUCUGCUUCAGAUGUUACGUCCUACCUUGUUGCUCGAAUUGUCAGAACUCCAAUCAAGCAAAGGCAUCUUAGCACUCGAUUA